AUGACGGAUGCCGAUCGCGCGGCGGCCCCUUUGAUCUGCGGAGCGUUUGAUCUUGCCGCCGCGGCCGACUGCUCCCGCCGCCCCUACAUAAACGAGCCCGCCUCGGGGCUGGCUAAGUCGCUACUGUGCUCGUGGUGGCGAGUUGCGAGUGGCGAGUGGCGAUGGCAGUGGUGCGGUCACUAUGGGGUGCGAUGGCCGCGGGCGUUCGCUGCUCUACAUCAGCGGGAACCAGCAAUGAUUGUGCGACGACAAACAGUGCCGGCCCGAGGUUGCUGCCUUGCGUGGACCCUGUGUUUCCUGCUGUCAGCUGCAAGUGAAAGCGUGGCGCCUCCAGACAGCUUACGACUGGUCUGGCUUACUAAUGCGACACUUACGUGUAAUGAUGGGACACCUGCAGGAUACUAUAUUCGACGCGGUGCAAACAGUCACCACUGGGUUGUAUACUUGGAAGGUGGCGGCUACUGCUGGGAUGCCAAAUCGUGUGGAUCGCGCUGGAGGAGACGGCCCGGACUGAUGUCUUCUGCUCGUUGGCCCAGGGCUCGCCGCGCACCUGCUCUACUCUCCAUGGAUCAAACAGCCAAUCCGCUAUGGCAUAAUUCUAACCACGUCCUAUUGCCUUACUGCUCCAGCGACAUGUGGGCUGGAACUCGCGUAAAGACAACGAAUGAUACUUUUGCAUUCACCGGUCGACUCAUAGUUGAAGCUGUACUCAAUGAACUGCUAAACUUCGGGCUCAAGGGUCGCUUACUUCUAGUGGGCUCUAGUGCUGGUGGCACAGGAGUAAUGCUUCACGCUGAUGCUGCACGGCGAAGCAUGAGAACACACGGAAUACGAGUAGCGGCUAUAGCCGAUUCUGGCUGGUUUCUUGACAGACACACGAGAGCACGACGCUCAUCAUCCGUAGACGCAAUAGCAAGAAUGGGGCACACAUUAUGGCAGGGACAACCGCCAUCUUCUUGUGUCAAAAAAUAUAAAGAAAAGCCAUGGUUAUGUUACUUCGGUUAUCGUCUUUACCCGCAUAUUCGGACACCGUUGUUCGUGUUUCAGUAUUUAUUUGACUCAGCUCAGCUAACAGCGGAAGGUGUACGCGCUCCUCGGACUCGUGCGCAAUGGGACGCUGUACACGAAACGGGAACAGCUUUACGGGCAAGUUUAAAAGGCGUUAGAGCCACGUUUGCACCCGCUUGUAUUGCGCACGGAGCUCUGGCGAGACCUGAAUGGCUGGCCAUUAACGUAUCUGGCGUGUCGCUACCUCGGGCGAUUGGAUGCUGGGAGCGUCGCUUCGCAAGUGUAAAUAGAGGUGAACGUGGACGUUGCGCUCCAAGAAGACUCAUCGAGAGAUGUUCCUGGCCGCAGUGCAAUGGCUCUUGCCCGCGCCUGCGAGAUCCCCGAACGGGGGAAGAAGUCGCCCUCGCUUCAUUACUUCAGAGUUUUGGUUUAGACGUGAACGGAGCAGCCGCCGCUAUGGGCCUAGACGCACGAGCUUUGUCAAGAAUGAGCAGAGCUGAACUUUUGCCUCUACUGGCGCCACAUACGUGA